AUGAAUCGCACGCUGGUCGAGUGUGCGCGUUGCAUGAUGGAACACGCUGGACUGGGAAAGAGCUACUGGGGUGAAGCAGUGAUGACGGCGAUGUUUCUUCGAAACCGCUGUCCAACACGUGCCAUUCACCAAGACAAGUCUCCAUAUCAAGUGUGGACGAUGAAGAAACCGAUUCUGGCCAACCUUAAAGUGUUUGGAUGCCACGCGUAUGUUCAAGUGCCUCAAGACAAACGCGCGAAGUUCGACUCCAAGUCAUCACUCUGUCGUUUCCUGGGAUACGCCGAACACCAGAAGUCAUAUCGAUUUGAGGAAGUGUCAACAGGAGCGAUCAAGAUCAGUCGCGAUGCCACAUUCAUGGAAGACAAAUUUGAUGAAGGUCCGCGCAACUACAACGAUGAGUCAAGUGCCGUUGAGUUUGAUGAUCAAGACGAGGACGAAGAAAAAGAAGAAGGUAAAACUGACGACGACAUGGACUCGAGCGACGAUGACAACGAAGACACCAGGUCUUCGAAGAGCAACAUCAAGAGACACACGCGCACUCAAUCACUUGAGAAAGCUACCGUCAUUCCAAGUCCCAAGCGAAGAACGUACAGAGGUCCGUCGCUUGAGCAUGUGUCAGCGGCUGCAAUGGAUUUUGAAGCAGCCUACAUCGUUGAUUCAGUGGGGGAAACGCCGACUACAUUCAAGUCGGCGAUGGAAUCAAGCGACUCCGGCAAGUGGAAAGAAGCGUGUGACUCGGAGUUCGACUCGCUUCAGAGAAACGACACGUGGGAAAUCGUGCCUCUUCCGAAAGGUCGCAAGGCCAUCGGGUGCCGAUGGGUUUUUCGUGUAAAGGAGAAUCAAGAUGGCGAAGUUGAACGUUUCAAGGCAAGACUUGUGGCCAAAGGAUUCUCACAGAAAUUCGGAGUUGACUAUGAAGAAACUUUCGCACCGGUGGCCAAGUUCACAUCGAUUCGUGUGGUGCUCAGUAUGGCGGCCAAGUACGGCCUAAUGCUACAUCAGAUGGACGUCAAGACAGCGUUUCUUAACGGCUCCCUCAACGAAGACAUCUACAUGGACCAGCCGGACGGAUACCUGGAUGCAACACAGCCGGACUAUGUGUGCAAGCUAAAGAGAUCACUCUACGGCUUGAAGCAAUCGCCUCGCAUGUGGAACCAAACAAUCGAUGGGUUCAUGAUCAAGAUGGGAUUCAAGAAGUGCGAAUCGGACCACUGCAUCUACAUCAAGCGAGACGACCAAGACAUGAUUCUCGUGGUGCUCUACGUCGAUGAUCUCAUCCUGGCCAGCAGCAACAACGAACUCCUCAAGUCGACCAAGAUGGCGCUGAGCAAACGCUUCGAAAUGACGGAUCUCGGUGAGCUCAGUUACUUUCUCGGCAUGGAGAUCAAGAACGACCGUAAGACGGGAAUGGUGACUGUGCAACAAACCAAGUUUCUCAAGUCCGUGUUGACCAAGCUCGGAAUGGAUAACAGCAAGCCAGUGAAGACGCCUCAAGAUCCCGGCCUGAAGCUAACCAAGAACAUGUGUGAACAAGAAUGCAAGCACGAAGACACCAUGUGCAACGUGCCAUAUCGAAGUGCUGUCGGAGGCAUCAUGUAUCUCAUGGUCGCCACACGUCCGGAUCUAGCUGCUGCAGUGGGAUCAUUAUCCCAGUUCUCGUCCGACCCAUGCCCGACUCACUGGCAAGCUUUGAAGCGUGUGCUGAGAUACCUGCAAGCAACGCCCAAUCAUGGUCUUGAGUUUACACGUGAAGAAGGAAGCCGUAUCUGCGAGUACACCGACGCAGACUGGGCCGGCGACAUUGAGUCAAGACGAAGUACAAGCGGCUAUGUGUUCAUGAUGAACGGAGGAUGCAUCAGCUGGAAAAGCCAGAAACAACGGACGGUCGCGCUAUCUUCAACAGAAGCAGAAUACAUGGCGCUUUCCGAAGCAACGAAAGAAGCAGUAUGGCUCAAGGUGCUUUUGGGGGAACUUGGUGAGAUGACAAGCGACGAAGCGAUCAAGAUGUAUGAAGACAACCAAGGAUCAAUCGCUCUCGCCAAGAACCCGGAGUUCCAUAAGAGAACAAAACACAUCGACAUACGCUACCAUUUUGUGCGUGAGAAGGUGGAAUCAGGUGAAGUCGUUUUGGAGUAUUGCCCGACUCAAGAUAUGCUGGCAGACAUGAUGACCAAGCCGAUCGCCGCUGUACAAUUUGAAAACAUUCGCGAUCGACUUGGGAUCCAAGGUGCCGCAGCUAACGAGUCGAGAGGGAGUGUUGAAAAGACAGCGGCUGUGAAGAAGACACCUCGUCAAGCUGCGUCAAGUGUUGAAGCAAGUGGAAGACCAAGCUUCGCUAUACCGGUGGGUACCGGUAUGUACCAGUAA